UGUUGUGGAGCGCGGCAAACACGGUCAGGACAGGCAGAUGCAGGGUAGAGGUUCCUACUGUUCAUACAGUAUUAGAAUAAGAUUUGAGCGAAAAUCAGAGCUAAAGGACACAUGGCGUCAACAAGUAAUGCGCCUUCACAAGCAAGAAAUCUACCAUGGGUUGAAAAAUACAGACCGGAGAAACUUGAUGAUCUGAUCUCACAUAAAGAUAUCCUGAGCACCAUCCAAAGGUUUAUCAGUGAGGACAAGCUCCCCCAUCUCUUGUUUUAUGGCCCACCUGGAACAGGGAAAACCUCCACCAUCCUUGCCUGUGCCAGACAGCUGUACAAGGAAAGAGAGUUCAACUCUAUGGUGCUAGAGCUAAAUGCAUCAGACGACAGAGGAAUUGAUGUCGUUCGAGGCCCUAUUCUGAGUUUUGCCAGCACCAGGACCAUCUUCAAAAAAGGUUUCAAGUUGGUGAUAUUGGACGAGGCUGAUGCCAUGACCCAGGAUGCCCAGAAUGCAUUGCGGCGAGUGAUUGAGAAGUUCACAGAAAACACCCGGUUCUGUCUCAUCUGUAACUACCUGUCUAAGAUCAUCCCUGCCCUGCAGUCUCGCUGCACAAGGUUUCGCUUCGGCCCGCUGUCCCCUGAUCAGAUGAUCCCUCGGCUGGAGCAUGUGAUCCAGAAGGAGAAUGUUGACAUAACUCCAGAUGGAAUGAAGGCCAUUGUGACCUUAUCAUCAGGUGAUAUGAGAAGAUCCCUUAACAUACUACAGAGCACGAGCAUGGCAUAUGGAAAGGUGACAGAGGACACCGUGUACACCUGCACUGGUCACCCCCUCCGCUCUGAUAUCGCCAACAUCCUUGACUGGUCGCUCAACAAAGACUUUACCACAGCGUAUAAGCAAAUCCUCCAACUGAAGACAUUAAAAGGUCUGGCCCUGCAUGAUAUCCUCACUGAGGUUCAUCUGCUCUUACACAGAGUGGACUUUCCUCCAGCUAUCAGGACCGGCCUUCUCAUCAAGCUGGCUGAUGUUGAGCACAGACUUGCCUCAGGAACCGACGAGAAGAUCCAGCUGAGCUCCAUGGUCGCAGCUUUCCAGGCAGUGAGAGACCUGGUGGUCAGCGAGGCCUCAUAGAUUCAGAAACAGCUUCAACUCAGGCAAAACUGUUAACUGGCUGCACAGAGGAAGAGUAAAACUUCACAGGUCCCCUCUUGCUGCCAUUUCUCCUGUUCUCCUCAAUAAAAACACAGCUACACCCGGAUUUACAACUAUAAUGAAUAUUUUUAAGUUUCCCAUCUUAUUAUGUUGAUGCCUCAGCCAGUGCUAGGAAAACCUUUUGGGUGCUUCAGGUUUUACAUGGGACUGUUUGCAGAGUUCAUCUAUUAUUUAAAUUCCAGCAGCUGUUUUUGUAACAAUGUCCUGCGAGCUAACAAUAGCUGAAUCUUCUUUUCAUUGUUCAGUACACUUUCAUGAAGGGUCAGUCAGUAAAAUCUGGAGUUUGUUGAUUUAGAAGAAAACAGAAGCCUUCAGGUGUCUACUGCAUGUUUGCCCACCACCGCUGCACUGAGUUGAUGCUAGCAGCUAAAUGAGUCACUCAAAUCUGCAUACGGACCGAGUAAAAUUUCAAGCAGUUUUUUGUAACUGUGGUAGCAAAAAGAUCUUCUCUUUAGGGCACUUAAGAUAUUUAGCAAACAGUGCAGGUUAAACGUAUUGUCAGCUAUUAAUCUUGUGAGGAAAACUGAGGGGAACAUCUUCUAACAUGUCAUACAGUUUAAAAUGCAAAAUCAAAUGCAGCUGUGAAAGAAAAAGUCUUGGACAUGUAUGCGUUUUUUGUAUCUGUUUAAUAAAACUAUUUCCUAUAA